CCACAACACAUCUCGAUAUCGUCCAGUCGUCUCUAUCCCGCUCACUCGGCGCCAUGGCAGCCCUCCCAUGGCCGCUCCCGCGCGAGCCCACCCCCCUGGUCCGCGGCCUAGUCCAGCUCGUCACGCUUCCGCCGACGCUCGUCGGCGUCCUCCUCUCCCUCCUCUACAACACGGCAGACUACGCCCUCCGCCGCCCCUCCUAUCCCUUCAAGCGACACAUCAUCCUCGGUGCCCUCCGAUUCUUCCAGAACGCAAGCAGCGCGCUGCGCUUCGUGAUGCCGCGCGACGCGGGCGCCGCGGCGAUCCCCAAAGCCGCCGCAGCCCGCGGCAAAACGGAGUACGGGGUACGCAUCGUCCCGCCCAUCCCCGACGCCUUGCGGCUGCCCAGCACCCGCUUGACCGCCGGCAUGGCGGGGGUACGCGCCGUCCCCGUCCCGCUCUUCGGCGUGGCGCCGCGCGGCGACGCCCCGUUCCGCCCCGCAGCCCACGGCGAGCUCUGUUUCCUCCACCUCGUCGGCGGGGGGUAUCAAGUCGGGCACCCGCUCCGCUUCCCCCUUUCGACCGAGUACGUCGCGCGCACCGGCGUGCGCCUCUUCGCGCCAAACUACCGCAAGUGUCUCGACGACGCGAGCGGCUUUCCCGCCCCGCUGCUCGACAUGCUCGCCGGGCUGCAGUUCGUGCUCGAGGAUCUCGGCUUUGCGCCCGAGAACGUCAUCCUCAUCGGCGAAAGCGCAGGCGCGCACGGCGCCCUCAUGCUCGCGCGAUACAUGGACGACCUGCGCGCGGCCGGCGUCUCCCGCUGGGGCCUGCCGGGCGGCAUCUUCGCCAGCGCCCCGUGGACGAACGUGCUGUGCACUUACCCCUCAAUCGACAGCAACUACGCGACGGACUGGCUCGCGCCCAUCCGGCGCGUGAUCGCGCCGGCGUUCGCGCGCCACUGCGCGGGAUUCCUCACGCAUCCGCUCCUUUCGCCCGCGCUCUCCUCCGUCGAGGACGGGCACUAUGCGCGCCUCGCCGAGGCGGGCGUGCGCGUGCAUGUCGACUGUGGGACGGACGAGAUGUUGUACGACGACGGCGUCGCGCUCGUGCGUGCGAUGCGGGCGCAGGGGCUCGAACCGCAGUUUCGCGAGGUGCCGCACGGCGUGCACUGCGAGUUUGCGUUCGCGACUCUCAUGCCCGGCAUAUAUCCCGGCGCGGGCUUUUCGUGGCCGCUCCUCCUGGGUGAUCUCGACGACAUGGUUGCGCAGCUGCGCGCGAGAUAACGUCAGCCUAUGCAGAUAAUCUAGGAGGACUAAGGCCUUGCGUUUGUCUGCCCCAUUCACUCGCUCAUAUACAUUGUGCAGGACGGUCUGAUGUACAACUGGCUACGUCGUUAAAUGCAAUGUCCUAACGUUU